ACUCAAGUGCAUGUUGUCUGUAUCAUUUGCAGUCUUUUAAGAUAUAAAUAUUCAUUCUGACGGUUGAUUCCUUCUGCAGUAAAUAGUAGACGCGAUUUGCGUAAUAAAAGAGUCAUUUUCGCGGGUUUUUGUGCAUUUCGUGCGCAAAAUGAUGCGGAUACCCAGAGGGAUUUCUCCUUCUUCUGGAAGAGGCGCAGUAUCUGGACUCUCGUGCCCACAAAAGAAAAUGUUCUCCGCGGUGAGGACAGAUUUGUUCAACACGGGACUCACAAGCCCACUGAUGAAUUCGGUACCGGCUGGAUACUUAACUCAGAUCGGGAACACGACAGCUGCAGAGCAGAGACCCAACUGUUUGUACGCGACCCCCCACGGGCCGGAGCCUAAGCCGGUGCGGACCUCUUCCGGGCGGCUGCCGGCCAAAAGGAGACUAGAUCUGGAAGAGCCACUUUACCUCCCAGAAUUCCGCACACCAAAUGGGAAAGGAAACUCUGCGUGUGUAAGGGCACCAAGCCCCAAAACUCCCAAGUCUCCAGGGGAGCGCACCCGUUAUGACACUUCCCUUGGCCUGCUGACUAAAAAAUUUGUGGGCUUGCUGAGCGAGUCGGCUGAUGGGGUUCUGGAUCUCAACUGGGCCACAGAAGUUCUGGAGGUUCAGAAGAGACGCAUCUAUGACAUCACAAAUGUUUUAGAGGGUGUGCAACUCAUCCGCAAGAAAUCCAAAAACAACAUCCAGUGGCUGUGA